AUGAGGGGAUACGUUGUGCAGAUCAAAAACGCACUAUUCAAAUCGUCGUUGCGAAAAGGUGCACCCACUGUCUUCCCGAAAGCCAUAGACCACUUUGAGAUCAAACCCGAAGAAAAAUGGGUAGUUUGGGGCUCUGAACGAUCCAAGUUUAUGGAUGUCAUUAGUAACAAAUAUCUAGCAGAACCACCGCUAUCGCUCAAAUAUGGUCAUGUUCGUGAAGGUGUGCCUAGAAUAGAGUCAGUCAAGUUCACUGGUGUUAUGCCAACUGCUCACUUGAGUGCAAGGUACGAAUAUUUCAAAGACGAAUUCGACCAAACAUGCGGCAAAUUCAUCAAAGAUAACUCAAUGGGUUCAAUGGCGGUCAGUUACGAAGUUGCCAAGACCAACAGAGCAUACAACCCUGAACUGUAUGCUUCAUUAAUGAAAGACCUUAAACUCGAAGAAUUGGAAGAUAGAUGGGCAAUGGGGCUCAGCAACGGACAAAUGCGAAGAGCACGGUUGGCUCGCGGCCUGCUGAAGGACCCAGAUUUGGUUCUUCUCGAAGAUCCCUUUUUAGGUCUCGACCCUACUGCAACCUCCAUCAUUUCAACGUUCAUCGGUAGAUACACGAGAACCCCAAUUGUGAUUGGUUUGCGACACCAAGAUACGUUUCCAGACUGGUGCACGCAUGUGUGCUAUGUGGACGAGACUGGCAUUGUUUUCCAAGGCGACAUAAAGAGUGUAAAAGGCCAAAUUGAGGCAGUCAACAGCCGCUACAACUUCGAAAAAGUUGCCCAAAAGUCAAACUCUCAGUUCACCCUUCAAGAUCUGAUUUCAUUUCAUCCCUUGGCUCAGAAAUCGCAGCACGAUAUAGUCAAGGUCCCUGCGAGCAUUGAACUGAAUGGCCUUUCAGUUUCUUAUAGAGGUGUUCCAAUAUUGAAAGAUCUGCACUGGAAAGUUCAUUCAGUGUCCAAGUGGCACAUCAGAGGCAACAACGGAACGGGGAAAUCUACUCUACUUUCCCUACUGACCGCUGACCACCCACAGUCGUGGAACUCAAAAAUUGUGGAGAAUGGUAUUCCCCGCAAAACAGGCUCGACAGACUAUUUCACGAUCAACAAGAAAAUUGGUAUGUCUUCGCCUGAACUGCAUGCAAUUUUCAACAAGUCUCAGAGCAGAGAUCUAAGCGUUAGGGAGGCGCUGGCUACAGGAUUCCAGGAGAAUUCGUCCAACAAUUUUCUGUCAUGCUACAAGGACCUGGAUGAGAGCCAACGCCUAGUGCUCCAUACCUAUGCUGAUUAUUUUGGUCUCGAGUCUAUACAAGACGCAACAUACGGUGGUCUAUCCGUAAGCGAUCAGAAGCUUGUGCUCUUCGUGCGGGCGUUAUUGAAGAUGCCCCAGCUUCUGAUAUUGGACGAAGCCUUUUCGGCGAUGGAAGAAGAGCCGAUGCAAAAAUGCUUUCAGGUUCUUGAACAUUGGCCAGGAAUUGUAUUAGUGGUAUCACACGUUCCUGCGGAAACUCCACAUUGUGAUCAUUAUCUGCAGCUCGUUUCUCCCGGAGAGUAUGAGAUUGGUGACGCUGAAAGCCAGAAACCUUUUUGA